AUGACUGAUGCUCAAGUCGCCGGCGGUCACAAGGCUGCUAUCAAUAACCCCAACGUUCCUGAAGAGUCCAAGGAACACUCUCGCGAAGUCCUCGAGAAGGAGUUCAACGGUGGCGAUGUCGCCAAGGUCGAUGACAAUCAGGAGAAGAACCCCAACAAUGUUGCUGGUGGCCUCAAGGCUACCCUGAACAACCCCAACGUCUCUGACGAGGCCAAGAAGAACGCCCAGGAGCGUCUCGACAAGGAGGACUUUUAA